UUGGAAAACAGUCCAAAGCUCGACGUUAUUAAACAAAACCUUACAGUUUUGGGGGUUUUUUUUGCGCGAAUCUUUAAUAUUUAUUUCAAAAACCAUUCAGGCUUAUUAGACAUUCAGUAUUUCAAGUAGAUUGUAGUAGUUUCAAGUGCAUUCAAAGACUCUUUUAAAGAUGACACAUCAUGAAUAAAAACAUUAAAUAAAGGUUCAGUGCUGCCAAAUUUAACAUCACUGUAACCGAAAGUUGUUUUGAGCCCAGAAACAGAAACUGUCCCAGAAUAUCUCUGAAUAAAACAGCUCGUCUGCUUCAGUGUUCGCUGAACAAAAAGGUACAAACACUGUCUCAGUAUUAAAUGUUGGAUGUAAAGAUUCUCUGCAGGAUAAACUUUAUUUAACAGUUUGAAACGAAGCUCUUUAGCUUUGGGCGGGACAGGAAGUUAACAAACAUCACAGUUAUUACAGUCGUUCAGAGGAAAAGCAGCAGAUCUGCACAUCUGAGCAGCUGGAAGUGAUUUACAGGAGAAAUGACCUUUGACCUUUAAAUUAAGUUUCUGUCAGUCGACUGAUCGAUUCAGCUGAACUCGUAUAAACUGCUGGAGUUUAAUUUAUGAGAAAACAUCACUUUUUAUAAACUCUUCACGUGUAAAGUCACUAAAGCUGUCAGAUAAACGCGGUGAAGUGAAAGGUUCGAUAUUUCCCUCCGAGGUGGAGCAGAAAGUAGAAAAGACUCAAAUGAAACACCUCAAACUUACAUUUCACGCCUCUUCACAAUAAAAGGCACAAUAUAGAAUAAACGGAGAUAAAAACAAACAAGCCAAACUAAAUGUCCGACCUGCAGAGCUCUAAAGGGAAUCUCACGAAUCUUGAAUAUUAUAUGAAGUGUUUUUCUGACGUUUCUGUAAAACACUGAGUAUUUUCACCUCUUCAGGCCUCUAAAGUCUUUUAUUUUAACAGCAGCUGCACACUCAGUGUAUAAUGCCUUUGUAUUGUGUUGGAGGUGUUUCUGCUACUGAAUCCUCAUUAAAACAGUGUGUGUUUCUGAAUGUGUUUGUUACAACUAUAACACAUGAUGAUCAGUAAAAUGACAACACAGCAGUAAUAAUACAAAUAUGUCUUUAUAACACUGUACACUUAGCGUGUGCAGCUGUAUUAAAGCGUGUUAUGAACUCUUUGGUGUUUACAGGCUGAUCAGAAAUGUUAAAUAUGUUAAUAGAGACGCAGAAGUCUCCUGGAUAAUGUAACCGGUCUAAAUACUACAAUACCCAUGAGCCUCUGCUGCUCCGUUGCUACAGAGAAGCGAAUCAGCGCCUGAAGUCACGUUUCAUCACGUUCCAUCAGCGGAGCGCGCCGAAUCCGAAGCUCCCUGAUUGGACGAUUCUCGCCCGCAGUGCACCCUGGGAGUCGUAGUUGACGCCUUCUCCUUCAGUUUCUAACGUCCGCGGGCUUCUUGCGGCUCAGAGAAGCAGAUGUUUUCUCGCGCAGCCGCUCAGAUGAAUGAUCCUGAACUUGUGAUGAAGUCUCAGUCCACGCUGACGCCGCCUGCUGGUGAUAAAUGCAGGAUUUGGUCGUGCUGGCUCCGAGGAGGACUACGUCAUUUUCCUGUCCUGUCCUCUGGUUGGUUGGUUGGUUGGUUGUCACACAAUCACCUGCACUCGGCUGUGCAGGUAGAAAGCAGCGUCUCACUCUUUGGGAUAUUUUAAUGGGGUUUUUUCUGUUUCUGCUGCAGGUUCGAAGCUUUUCACCACACCUGUUGUGAUUUAAAGGCACGUGACGCCUCCGUCGUGUCCUUGACUCGGUUAUAAUGAGACUCACGCGCCAGACGUUACCUUUACCGUUAACUACAGCCAGUUCUCUGAUCCUAAACGAGGGGUUUUAAAUGAUCCAGCAAAACAAAGGCGCUGAUAGUGGACUACAGGAAGUGACAGGGAGUAGAACACGCCCCCCUCUCCAUCGGCGGGACUACGGUGGAGAGAGUCCGCAGCUUCAGGUUCCUCUGGGUUCACAUCAGCGAGGGCCUGACCUGGACUCACCACACCCGACACCAUCACGAAGACAGCGAGACAAUGGCUCUUCUUCCUCCGCAGGCUGGACUCCAGGAUCUGCAGCUUCUCCAGGUGCAGAGUAUCCUGACUGGCUGCAUCACCGCCUGGUGUGGCAGGUGCACCACCCUCAACCGAAAGGCUCUACAGAGGGUGGUGAAAACUGCUCAGCACAUCACCAGGAUGGAGCUGCCAUCCAUGGAGGACCUCAACACCCAGAGGUGCAGGAAGAAGGCCAACAGGAUCAUCAGAGACCAAAACCACCGCAGCCACAAACUGUUCUGCCUGCUGACGAUACCGCAACAUCCGGCCCCGCGCCAGCGGGCUCAGGGACGGCAUCAUCCGGCCCCGCGCCACCGGGCUCAGGGACGGCAUCAUCAGGGCCCUGUGCCACCGGGCUCAGGGGCGGCAUCAUCAGGCCCGCGCCACCGGGCUCAGGGACGGCAUCAUCCGGCCCCGCGCCACCGGGCUCAGGGACGGCUUCAUCUGGCCCCGCGCCACCGGGCUCAGGGACGGCUUCAUCUGGCCCUGCGCCACCGGGCUCAGGGACGGCUUCAUCCGGCCCCGCGCCACCGGGCUCAGGGACGGCAUCAUCCCACAAGACAUAGACAUACAUAUACAUACGUCUUAUCUGUGUGUGUAAACUGUCACAGUACAUAUAUUUAUGUGCAUACCUGUGUACAUUCUGUUUAUUUUAAAUAUAUCAUAUAUUUGU